AUGGAAAGCUUCGACGUCGCGAUUGUAGGACUCGGUGUUCUUGGAAGUUCAGCAGCAUACCAUGUGUCCUUAAAAGGUGCAAAAGUACUAGGACUCGAGCAAUUUGAAUUCGGUCACGUCAAAGGAGCAUCCCAUGAUACGUCAAGAAUUGUACGAAAGGCCAAUUCUGAACCGGAAUAUGUCGCCUUGGUCAAAUCCGCUUAUAAUGACUGGGCGGAGCUCGAAAAGCUCACGGGCCAGAAACUCUUGACCAACACCGGUGGCUUGACCUUUCUGCCUAGCGAUGCUCCUAUCCCCGUGGAUAAUUAUAUAAGGAGCUUAAAGUCCAACAAUGUCCCUCAUGAGGUCUUGAGUAGCCAAGAAGUCAAGAAGCGAUGGCCGCAGUUUGAUAUCCCUGAUACUGUGACAUCGAUUUAUGAUCCCGAUUCCGGAGUUGUGCAUGCAGCUAAGACUGUUGCGGCGAUGCAGCAUCUGGCACGGUUCAAGGGUGCUGUUCUCAAGGAGCAUACUCGUGUCGAUCGCAUCGUUCCUGGAAAUGGAGUUACGAUUCAAACGUCGAAUGGAACCUUCCACGCGAAGAAAGUUAUCUUGACCACCGAUGCCUGGACUAAUAAGCUUAUCGAACCACUCGGUGUUCACAUUCCUCUUCGCGUCUCUCAAGAACAAAUCACCUACUUUAAGCCCACAGCGCCGGCCGACUUUGAAGCUCCAAAAUUUCCAUUGUGGAUUUGGGCUGGGCCACAGAACUAUUAUGGCUUCCCUUGUUAUGGUGAGCCAACGAUUAAGGCAGGGCAUGACUGUGCGAAUAAUUUUAUGAUGCCCGAGGAACGUACGUUUGUGCAUUCUCCUCGUCUCGCUGGCGAGCUAGUGGAGUUCAUGCAAAGGUUCAUGCCUGACAAGGGCCGUGAGCCGUUGCGAACAAUCACUUGUCAGUAUAGUGUCACACCGGAACGUCGCUUUAUUAUCAGCCCAUUGGAUAAGCAUCGCGAUGUUAUUCUUGGCCUUGGUGCAGCGCACGCUUUCAAGUUUGCCCCGGCUUUUGGUCGUGUCCUGGCUGAGCUAGCGGUGGAUGGCAAGACGAAUGAGGACAUCUCUAAGUAUGGGAUCCCAAAGAGCGCAGAUGGCCAGAGCAAACUUUAG